AAUGUGUAAAAAUGUAGGGAUUCGAACACACUGUGUGAACCACAACCAUUCGGUUCGGUUGUGGGGUUUGUGACUACCAACCUUGCGUGCUCACCUCAACGCAUGGUGAGCCUGAAGACUGAAGUGUCACUACCACGCCAUGCUCGGCUUGGCACUGGCGGCUUUCCUUGCUGUUGGCGUGUCAUCAUUCCUUCCCACACACACACUCACACAGGGGCAGUGGCCUUGCAACUAAAGAUUUAUCCAAGACGGCUCUCGUGAUUGCCGAGAUUAUUGGAAUGCACAAUUCCUGUGUUUCGGGGAUUGAAGACGAAAUAGACACCAAUCAAAAUGAGCCAACUCAGGAAAGCGAUCUACUACCCCUGCAGAGCGACAGUUCAGUUGUAAUAACUGUAGGGCCCACUGUGGAGGAAGAGCUGUCUAUUGUCACUGUUCAACCAGCGAUGGUGGCCCAGCAGGUUGGGGAUCUGCAACCACCAGCAGCAGAUCAACAGGCUGCAGACCUGCAGCAUCCUGUGCUGGUGAGUCCACAAGCUUCGGCAGGGCUCGCCAGCUUAAAGGCAACUGCAGCUAAAAAACUGCAAGUAAUAGCAGUGACAAAAAAAAACUACUUGCAGAGCAAGAACUUGAAUUCAUGGCAAUAUUAGCUAAAAUAGUUGCAUAUAAGUAGUAAAGCUUCCUAUUCAUUUAGUAUUUAUAUUGUACAGCAGAUAUAAGGAAUAGAAAAAAUACAGUAGAUAUAAGAAAUAAAAAAUAGCGUAAAUCUUUAAAACAGGACCCCCUCUCUAAUCCGUGCAAUAAUAACACAAAAUGACGAGUAGUUAAUGGAGAACACGUACCUUGUGGUCUUGUUUGGGGGUCACACACGGUUAUGUCACAUUGCCUCACUGAAAUUAGAGACAUCACUUAAGAGUCUAAGUCCAAAUAAUAAACAUUGCUAUUGUCUAUUGUAUAUAUCUCGGGUUUGUGGGUAACAGGAAGUGACUGUCUGUUGUUCACAUCCUGGGUUUGUGGGUAACUGCUGAAUAGGAUUCUUAUUGUGUCUAUAGUUCUUUUGUCCAAUGACGUGCCACCACCUCUUAACACCACAAGCUGCGCCAGUGGGAAUUUGCUAUAUGUAUUCGAAGGCAGGGCACAGCUGGCCAGACAGGUGCACAGAGAUCUGUGUGCGCAGUUGAGCCAUGGCCACCAGUGACAUUAGUUGUAAAGGUUGCGAAUUUGAUUACUGGGAAAUCAUUGCUCCUGCGAUGCAAGGUUAGGUUAUGUUAGGUUAGGUUUAUGUUGCCGGGGGGGUCUGGAGGGGUGCAGACCCCCCCGCCUAGGUUAGGUUACGUUAGGUUAGGUUUAUGUUAGGGUU